AUGAACCCGAGCAAGAACGGUUCUUUCCCGAGCGAGCGCACACUUUAUGAAUACAGUGGUGAGGAGGCCCAACAUUAUGUAUCUAAGAUUUCUGGGCCUUUACUGGAUAGAAUAGAUUUGCAAGUAGCCGUACAGGCAGUUUCCUAUGAGCACCUGUCCAAGGAUCAGGUCAUUGAAACCAGUGAAACCAUUCUUAAGAGGGUCCAGGAAGUUAGAAAAAUACAACUUGAACGUUUUGAGAAUCAAGCCCAAUUAUUCCAUAAUGCGCAGAUGGGAACGCAUGAAAUCAAAAAAUUUUGUUCAUUGGAUUCAUCAGGACAGAAGGUGCUUGAAAUGGCCAUGAAGCGCUUAAAAUUUUCUGCACGGGCCUAUAAUAGAAUACUCAAAGUAGCACGAACCAUUGCAGACUUGGAUCAGUCUGAAGCGGUGUUAAGUGUUCAUGUAGCAGAAGCCAUUCAGUACAGGGGCAUGGAUAGAAUAAUUUCUUAA